AUGGGCUCCGUCUGCGGCAAGGAGAAAGGGGAGGAGAACUUCUCCUCUCCGGGUCGUCCGCUCGGCACCGCACCUCCGCCUCAGCCCAAGACCGCACCCAUCCCGGCGAGAGUAGUUGGAGGCCCUCCCCGGACCUUGGGAGGCGGCAGCAGCACCUCCGGAGAGCGGCCCAACGCUGACGCAGAUGACGCGCGACGCAGGGCCGCUGAGGCAGCCGAGGCACGAGCCAAAGCAGCAAACAAGUCAACCGGGAAACUGGGCUCGCAACUGAAUGCGCAAAAGAAGCAGACGCAAACCGACCUGCUGAAGGACGCCAGUGCCCAGCAAUUGAGACAGCGGGAUGCUGACGCUGCCGCCGAGGCGAGAACAUACAACUAG